CGGUGACGGACGGCAACCGGAAAGCUCGAUUCGUUUUCGGGAAUCGGUGAAAUCGAUCCGGAGGGGGCGAAAUGUGUACAUCUCCUUGAACCCCCGCCAGGUGAGCAGCCAGUCACCCAGACCUGUGCCGCUCUCUGUUGCUAUGGAUGCCUGCGCCCGUAUUAGAGGAGUCCCAAUAAGGUCCAGGGCCUCGGUCCGGAAAGAGACUGUACGUGACAGUGGGGCACAGUGUGUGAAGAGCCUUUUUAGGAAUAAAAAGGAGCUAUGCUGUGUCGGCCUAGAGCUGCCAGCCAGAGACACCACAAGACUGACAGAGAUUCAUUUUGUGUGUCUGCCUGGCCAAUGUGAAGGGGAAGAUGUCACCCAACAGGCCCUUAAAUCUCUGCCAGGGGGACUGUGUGAACUUCUCAGGUCGCUCCACAUCCACGGCCUCAAGAAUGAUGAGGUUCUGCUGCUCAAAGACUCGCGCAGGCUGACAGAGCACAAAGAUGCUGGGCCUCAGUGUUGGUUAAAGGCUGUGUGUGUGCUGAGGCAUAAUCCCAGCACCAGCGUCUACCAUCAGGCCAGUGUAGCAUCUUUGCUGGGCUUGCUGGGAUGCUACAUGGCAGGUGUCCGCUAUGCUUUGGAGCUUCAGGCUCUUCAAAGGGGCACAGCUGAGCCCAGUCAGCCAGAGGAGGAUGACACCAACCAGUCGGUCUCAUCAAUCGAGGAUGACUUUGUCACAGCCCUGGAGCAUCUGGAGGAGGAUGACACAGGAGACAAUCCCUCUGCAGCUUCCUAUCGUCAUUUUAAAAAGCGUGAUGUGGCGUCACAGACAGUCCCAGCUCACAAGAGAAGGAAGGAAUUAUCAGGCUCCCGGGUUAUCAUAAGCUCAUCUUUGAAGAAGUAUUCAGGCAAACAUAGGUCAGGUCCAGAUGUAUCAGUCACAGUGCAGACGUCAUCAGGUGUGGAAUCCCAGUGGACUUACUGCAGUCCUGGAGCUCGUCUCCCCUCGCCUUUGAAUCAUGUCAGUGAAUCGGAAGAGUCAGACUGCUCCAGCCCCAGUCCAAUCAUUUUCCUAGAUGAAGUGGGCUACCAGAAGAGCCUGUUGGCCAAGCUGGACAUCCCCCAGGUGCCAGGGGGGCCCAGAGAGCGAGUUGAAGACUCAGACUCAGAAGUCAGUGAAUUCUUUGACAGUUUUGACCAGUUUGAUGACCUGGAGGAGCUCAGCUCAGGGAGCUGCACUCUUGCACUGCCUCUGGACACCAUCAGUGCCCCAAACACACAGAAGAAGUCCGCUGAGUCUAGCACCAGUGGGUCAGCAUCCAAAUAUGUUUCUAUGGGCUGCUCAACCAAGGGUAUGAAUCCUCACCGCUUUGACCACCCCACUCUCCCAGCCAAUGUGAAAAAACCCACUCCUUUGAAACCAGGCUCUCCUUACUCGCUUCACUCUGAGGUGCCUGACUCCCCUCGACCGGUGCAGACCCCCUCUGAGGAGAAUGGUGGCCCACUCUUCAGUCCUGUCAGCUCCUCAGCCUUUAGCCCUCUGGUGGACUGUAGUGGACCACUGGAAUACUUUUGGAAGACAGAUGAAGAUGAACAGGACAGCUCAGAGCUACGUAAACCCCAGGAUCUCUGCUCUCUGUAUAAGACCUACUCAGACUUUGCCAGCAGUCUGUCCAGAGAAAUCCUGGGAUCUGUGUGUGGCUACCAGUCUGCCGUUGACAUCAGUGACAACAAGAAUCUCAGCUGUGUCUGUCACAAGGAAUUCAAGAACCCUUCGGGUUACCUGAUGAAGCUCUCAGAAAUACAAGAGACUGUAACAGUGGACAAGCUGCAGAAGAAGUCCCAGUCUUUGAAGGAUGGCAUUCAGAGGUUCGCCACUGACCUGGUGGAAAUGAGCCUGGGCAGUGCCUUGCGAGAUCUCCAAAAAGGUGUAUCCUCCUGUACCACCACCUUGUGUACCUUAGCUGCAAGGCUCACCUCUUCAGUGUUUCAGAUGGCCUUCCAUGAGAUUGGCAUGCGCCACGCCUAUGUGUUGAAGGAACGAGCAAUCAAUGGAUUAGCUGGGUUCCUGGUCGGAGAGGCUGUGUCUGGGGCGCUGAAAGAGUUCCUGACGGUGAAAAAGCAGAUUUUCCACAGCACAGUGACACGUUUCGCUGCUGAUCUGGCUGAAGAGCUUGUGUUUGAAGGCAUUAUGGAAGUGUGUCAGUUCUCCCACCCCUCAACCCCUCUUACCCCCAGUGAUUGGCCCUUUGGCCAAAGGCAAGAAGAAGAGGAAGAGGAGGAGGUGGUUUCCUCCUAUGCUUCAGACUUGUCUGAGUCUGUUAUCCAGGAGGCCUUCAUAGAGCUCUCUCAGGCCGAUGUUGCUUUCACUAGCCAAGCAGCUAUUAGUGUGUCUCUGGACAACAUUUGUUACGUCAGUGCAGAGAACAGUAGCACUCGCACCUGCAGUACCUUUGCUAACCAGCAGGUUUUAAGUGCCAGUUCAGCUGCAGCAGUUCCAGGGUCCUCAGGAGAGGAUGCUACCUGCACAGUGAAGAAAGCCCUGUUCACAGUAUCAGGCAUGGCCAGCUGUAUUCCUUUGCCCCAAGCGGGCCAAGCCCUCUCCAACCUCCAGGAUUCUGAGGAACCUUGCAAGUAUAAGUCUAGUUCAUCAAAUACCCCACAGGCCAGCCCCAAAAGAGUAACUGUAUCUACCUAUGACACAACCACAUCUACACAAACUCACCUUUACAGUCAUGGAACUCAGACCCCCAUACCUGGAGGAGCCUCCUCCCAAGAAAAGUCCCCAUUCCAGAACUUCUCUGGCAACAUGGUGGAUAUGAUAGUAACUGAGGCUUGUGAGCUUAUAACUGCUUCUAAGAUGAAAAAGAGUUUUGGUGACUGUGCAGAUUUCUUUACAAAGUCAAUUGGAAGCCGACGGGGCUCUUCUUCCAAGCAGGAGACGCUAAAUUAUGAGACUCCAGAUUCCCCUUCAAACCUGGGAGCUGGCAGGGAGUGUUUCAGAUAUGAAAGUAGAGAUUCUGGGUAUGUUAGGAAGGGCGGCCCGGCUGAGCAAGCAACAGAUGUGAGCAUUCCUCACAUUUCCUUUCAGACAGGCUCUCAAAGCCAGGGGAGAACAAGCUGUGAGUUAGACCUUAGGACCAGAGGUGUGGUUGAAACACAUCCUGUAAUGAUGCAUACUCUUGACGUACCGGGUACCGAGAUGGGUGGACAAAGGAGGAUAUCUGUUCCUUUGGAUGACUCAGCUCCAAGCUCCGGCCAAAAAUCUGGUGGGACUCCUGUCACUCCUCCCUCUACACCUCAGCAGCCCAGUGAGGUAUCCAAGGAGAAACAGAUAAAACAGUUCUCAAAGAAGCUGAAAAGCAAACUGGCCAAGGAAUUUUCCCCUGCUACCCCCCCUCCUACCCCUCACUAUCAGCCUGAGCCUGGCCCAGGGCCAAAAGACAUCACCCCUGAGGCAGACAAGGCUGAGUUUAUGCUCAAACUUAUGAGGUCUCUCUCUGAGGAGGCAGAUGGCAAUGAGGAUGAAGAGGAGGAAGAUCUGGCAGAAGAGGGUGGCGUUGGUGGCACUAACAGAUGUUCAGAGACAGGGGGUGGUCGGCAUGAAUCGAACCAGAUGUCUGCCCGCAGAAUGUCCAACAAAGAGGCUCUCCACUAUGCUGAGCGGUUGGCUUGUCACAUUGUCUCCAUGGCAACAGAAAUGGACACCCUGGGAGUGGCAGAGGAGGAAGGAGAGAUGAGCAAGGGCAGCGAGAGAAGGAGAGACAGUGUGGCUCAGUUCUCAGAGCAGACGCUGAACACCUUGUGGGUGUAUGCUGGGGAGGUGGCGGGAGAGGUGAUCAACGAUGUGAAGAGGAUGGUGAGCUCUGGACAGCAGUGUCCAUAUCACAGAGCUCUCAGAAGAAGAAGCUUGGACAGAUCUAGCUCUGAAUGUUUGCAUCACCACCACCAACACCAGUAUCAAACCAGUACAGAACAGAACAGAGACUGGAGGGUAGGGAGGCUGGCCGAGCAGUGGUCCAGUGACCUGAUAGCCUCCGUCUUCCGGUCUCCAACCUCCACUUCAAGCACCAUCUCCAGCUCCAGCUCUGGCCUGUCCUCGGAGUAUCCCAGCUGUGAGAGUGUGACAGAUGAAUAUGCUGGCUACCUCAUCAGGGUACUGAAAAAGGAGGGAGGUAGUAGGGAGUUGGUCCUAGACCAGUAUGCGAGCCGUUUGGCCUACCGCUCCAUAAAACUAGGCUUAGCUCAUGCCAGUCGCAAGAUCAAGCAGAGAUCCUCUUGCACCCGCCUUCACUCCUCCAAGUCACUGCCAGAUGAAUGGAAAGCUUCUUGUAGUGAGGCCUCCUCACCCAAGGACAGAGCAGAGUCAGUGGUUUGUCCCUCAGGAGAGGAUGCUCAGUGUUGUUGCAGGGACUCUGAAGAGCAGAGUCGGAGGGAGUACAUGGAUCUGGUCAACUUUGCGGAGUCUUUAGCUUACAACAUCACCUGUGAUGUCACACGCAAGCUGCAUCUUUCCUCUGUACGACUGCCUAAGUCCCUCACUGACUCCUGUCUUUAUAAGAAAUCCAAACUUGAAGACAUGGCAGAGAAUCUCAUCAGGAAUUCCUUCUCCUGCCCCCUGUUGUCCAAGGAGGGUAAGAGCAGGCAUUACCACAGUACAGGAAGCCUGUAUGAUGGAGGCUACAGCAGUAGGGUGAUGCAGGUCAUAGAGCAUUAUGCAAGUAAAAUAGUUGAUGACACUUUGAAGAUGAGCCUCGCUUCAGUUGGACAUUUAUCCCGGGAGCAUCACAGGACCCAAGGCAAUGACAGACACUCUCACACCCAGAGGCUUUCCGAGGGGCCAGCAGUGGGCCAAGCUCUGGGGGAGAGGACAUGCCGUUAUUGUCAGGUCCAGGAGUGCCCGUACUGCACCAAACGUAGCAGGCACCACCAGCCUGUAUUACAGAGGAGGAAAAGGGGGCCACAAUGUCAGGCAAGGGCUGAGCGGCUCUCUAGCCUUGACAUUCCUAAGAUCCACAUUGACCUGGACCACAGGGCAGCAUUUGCAGAGGAGAUGGUGUCCAUGGCAAUGGAGACAGCUAAACGUGAGCUGAGCAACACCAGCCUGAAUGCCGACAGUGGCAUCGGUCAUGAUGGAACCAGCUAUGCUGAGAGUCUAACAGCUGAGAUAAUGACGUCAGCCCUUUCCAACAUCUGCCAGGCUGCUAACAUCAGCUCUCCAGGGAGGGAAGCCACAGAGUCCACUGUGUCCCAGCAGCUGAGUGUAGGAGAUGACAGUCUGGGCAGCUGGUCUAACCUGAGCUUUGAGGAUGAGCACCCAGACGAAAACAGCAGCUUCCUCCACCUCAGUGACAGCAGCAAUGGGAACAGCAGUAGCUGGAGCAGUCUGGGCCUGGAGGGGGAAGUGUGUGAGGAGCGCAUGUCAUUCUCCCCCUCUGACAGUGACAACACAGAGGACAAGGAGGCUGAGGUCAAAGAGGAAUCCAGUGCUCCCAGUGGUGGUCCAGAGGCUUCGGGAGAGGAAGUGGAGGGUGGGAGAGCUGCUACACACGCUGCUGCGCUACUGCGAAGAGAGUCAGAUGCACGGCCAGUCCCCGGCCAGAGAGGAGGCACUCCAAGCGGGCAGAGAACCGCACCGGAUCCCCCUCUUCCAGUGGCUCCUGGAGCACGCCUAGGGCCUCUCCUCUCCUCUCCUCUCCUCUCCUCUCCUCUCCUCAUCUCCUUAGUUCCGAACAGGGCUUUGCAAACUCCACAGCCCCUAGAGGGCACCAUUAAUAUCAGCUGAUCCAACUUAAUCUCAUGAAUGUGGGCAGCGUGUGUUCUGCAUGCUGUGACCAAGAGUACUUCUGUUGGAUUUUCUUUUUCUUUCCACCUUCUGUUUUGUUGUUGCAGUUUAGUUAUUUAUCAGGCUGCAUAUGUCACGUGUCGAUUUUGUGAGCUGUCUCUCCCGCCUGCCUACACUUCUGAUUUGAAGCCCUCACACCUUGCCGCCAUUGUGCUUGAGCUACAGGAAGAAAGGGAGAGAAGAGAGAGAGAGAGAGAGAGAGAGAGACCCACCCCAUCUGUUCCAGACAGAAAUGCAGUGAGUUCAGAAAAAGAGAAUGUGUUUUCUGUUAGGGAAUCCCCAUAGCUGCUGGGCCAAUGAUGUCAACACACCCACAGCUCACCUCUGUGGUGGUGUUUCCACAUGUAAAGAGACCAACUGUGCGCACGCAUACACACACUACACACACACACACACACACACACCAUUGUAUUAUCCGAAGGAAUCCAAGAUACACUGAAACUCUUCGACAUCUGACAUUAAUUCCCCUAUAGUAUUUUAUUAUCGUAUUUAUCCCAUUGGAGUUACUGUACUCACAGUUUGCUCGAGUCAAGCGUUUCCCUGGAGCACUGAAUGAGUUAAGUGACUCCUCACGUUUGACCAAUAUGCUGCCAUACAUUAGAAGGACCCGAGCGUACGCGGUAUCAGGAGUGUUUUAAGAAGAGAGGGAGAUUGAGAACUGAACUUCACAGCCAACCGGAGCUUUGUUCCAAUGAGAGAACUGAGCCAAAGCCUGUUUUAAGAAAUCCAGUCGCCCAAAAGAUCUCGCUCUUAAAUAACAUUCAGAGAUAUUAAAGGUUAGGACAUUAUCGUGUUUUUCAUCUUUUAUUGUUGCUGCAGGAGGUGGAAAUAUAUUUAUGUCAAUUUGUCCUCGACACAUAUACACAAAUUAUUUUAGUUUCUAUGAUUUAACAUUCAUUCUGACGACAUGAUUAUUAUUAUAUAGCUGCUGUUUUCCACCCAGGCCGAUUGUUAAUCGAUCAUAAUAAUUGAUAGCCGUCACAGAGCUGCCGGUGUUUGUGUUCUCUCUCUGCAGGGGUCUUUUCAGGUCGACCACAUUUUGGUCGAGGCCGGUUUGAUUGACUCUAAUUAUCCUCGGCUCUAUUCUGGUCUGGUCUGGCUGUGCUCAGGUCCCCCUGAGAUCAGGUCUCUCUUUUUUUUGAAAGUUAAUUUAUGCACAUUGGGUUCGGGUUCCAUUUUUCCACAGGUUCACUUUGGGUCAGGUCCAACAUUUGGGACCCAUGGAGACCUCAACCUUACUUAGCCAGGACACUGUUGGAGCUGUAAAACCCAUCUUUAGUUCAGUAAAUUGUGCCAUGUGGUCACUUAGCGUUGAUGCCAUUUCUAUGGCAGUAGAAUGAUUUAAAAGCACUUGAUGAAGUUGCCUGUUGCUGGUAACGGUAUUCCAGUUUUAUCUAAAACUAACAGUGCUUGCCUAGCAACAGUCUACUUGGGUCUCAAACUUAGUAAAAUACUUGGAAUGGGUGAGGUUCACUUGGGCGGUUGGUAUUUAAAAAAAAAAAAAAAAAGUAUAUAUUUUUUGAAGGUAGAGUAUCUAAUCGAACGUGAAAUGCCGCACAAAGCUAUGAAAGAAGCCGCGAUAUUGGCUUAACGUUGCCAAAUGUAGCUUGUAAGGUGACCCUCCUCCCCCUCCAGUCAGUAGCAAAGGUAUGAUACUCUGGGUCUGUGUCGGUGGCCCACAUCCAGCUCGGUGGUAGAUCCAGUGACGCAGAUAGUGGAUCUUUCAGUAAUUAAAGACACCAGUCCAGUCUGCACCUCCAAAACCACAAACUAAAAGCAUGUUCAUAGCUCAGCUGGAGUCACACAUUGUGUCACCCACGCUCCACAGUUACCUUGUGGAAUGAAGGACUCUGAAUACCACAACUUCCACACAGCACUACCCCCCCCAACACACACCCUCGUUACUCACCAGUCCCCAUCUGUACGUCCACACACACACACACACACAGCACUACCAGCUACUUGCUGAGAUGCACUUUUGUUUUUCUGUUUUUUUGGAUUUGGCCGUGGAGAGACGAGGCAUUUCCAGCCCUGCUGUCAUUACAUGACAUGGUUGCACUGUGUUACAUGCACAGUGCCCAAAACUGAUAUGCCCCCCCCUCUCCCCAAAGAAAGGUUGUUGGGAUACAUUUUGAUGUUCGUAUUUAUUAGUUGUUGUUGUGUUUUAUUUUUUGUUUUUUUUUAAAGAGGGACCUAAGGUUGACGUUGAUGCUGCGAGGUUCCUCAGAUUUAUAUCAGGACUUUCCUUCCUGAGUUCCAAACACUGUAAUAUACCACAGCCUCGCAUCUAUUGUCAUAAACUAAGUGUUGUCGGUGGCGUUCACCUGCAUGGCUGAAUCUUCUUUGACUUUUAAAGCUCAACGUUACUCUUCUUAAUGUAUUGGCCUCCACUAAUUGAGCUGCGGUGACUCGUCUGUGUCCACACUGCCUAACAGUAUGCUACAGAUGCCUUGUCUGUUACUGCUUCAUCUCUAGGCUGCCAAAUGGUCAUGUAAUCUUUAAGGUGUUUGUCCUGUAUGAUUUCUUUACACGCGAGAAUUAAUUAAUCACAAAAUCCGCUAUUUAAAAAAAAAGGGAAAAAAAAAAAAAAUCCAAAGUGAUAACCGACUUUAAACUACUAUUAAAAAAAUAGUAGAAAAGAAGACAUAGUGAAGUAUUAACCUGAGAGGUGAGAGUGCAAAUAUAUUGGUUUACAUUAAAGGAAUGUAUUAAGAGUCAUGAAGAGACACAUCAGUGUACAAAUUCUCUCCCAGCGCGAAUGAUUAUUGGUUCAAGUAGGACUUUCCCAGGUUUUUUCCAGGGCCCAGCCCCCCUCCAGUAUUUUCUUUCUUUAUCUACGUCACAUUCCUGCGCAUCCCAGUUGACCUAUAGCGAUUUAUUGUUGUGCUUGUGAAAGCUGAAUGUGUACCUGCGAAGACUCAGCUCCGUUUCGAAGCAGAUGCUGUCGGUCUGUUUUGCUACUGUUGUGCCCUGUGUUACUCUCUGCCUCUCUCUGACCCAGAGCGAGAGAGAGAGCGAGAUGUACCUCAUCGCCACUCACUCCUGUAUUUUUCCCGCUUCCUUGUAAAAUCCUGCCAAAUAAAGAUAUUUAAUAAAUUAUGUAAGUUAUAUAACAGUGAGUUCACUACUCGUUCUCCCUAGUGGCAUUGCUGAAUAGUUUACACAUUCUAAGCUUGAAGUCAAAAAUUCUACAUUUGUUUAUGUUAAAGCUCGGUGUGACA